CUCAUCUCAUCCCAUCUUUCUCCCUUAAAAAGCUACAGCCACACAGGGUUCCCAAAGAAAAGCCUUGCCCUCUCCUUACCAACACCAGAAACACAAGGAAAAGAGAUAAUAAACAUAAGAGAAUUGGUGAUGGGGAGAGGGAGAGUAGAGCUGAAGAGGAUAGAGAACAAAGUGAACCGGCAGGUGACGUUUGCCAAGAGGAGGAACGGGUUGCUGAAAAAGGCGUACGAGCUCUCUCUUCUCUGUGAUGCUGAGGUGGCUCUCAUCAUCUUCUCCAACCGCGGCAAGCUCUGCGAGUUCUGCAGUACGCCCAGAAUAUAUGUGUGUAUAUAUAGCAUGGUGAAGACUCUUGAGAAAUACCAGAGAUGCAGCUAUGGAGCAACGGAAGCCCAUAGGCCUCUCCAUGAGACACAGAGCAGGUACCAAGAGUACCUGAAGGUCAAGGCUAGGGUGGAGCUCCUCCAGCACUCUCAAAGGAAGCUCCUUGGGGAAGAUGUGGGAUCACUGAACACAAAGGAGCUGGAGCAGCUUGAGCAUCAGCUGGAGUUUUCCUUGAACCGCAUUCGCUCAACAAAGACACAAAUGAUGCUUGACCAGCUUACCGAUCUUCACAACAAGUACUCAUGCUGCCAAACUCCAAUAUAUAUAUUUUUUCACAGGAACAAGCUCUGCUUGAAACCAACAAAUCGCUGAGAAUGAAGUUGGAGGAAAGCAGUUGUGUACAAAUGGCGCCUCUGCGGGUGAUGUGGGAAGGUGGUGGAGGGAACAACCAAAACAUUAACAUUCCUUACAGCCACCUGUUUCCCUCUCACCAUCAGCAGCAUCCAUCUUCUCAAGCCUUCUUCCAUAACUUAGCUCCCACUCUCCACAAUGGGUACAAUGAUGAGGUGAACCAAGCGGUCGCUUCCACUGCCAAUAAUGAUGGGUUUGUUCCAGGCACCUGGAUGCUCUGACCUCUUACCCAUCAUCCACUUACAUCUCUCUACUAUAUAUAUAUAUAUAUAUAUAUAGUUGUUUAAUUUCCUUUUCAAUUUGUGGGUUCUCUUGAGGUCUUGUUCAUGAAUUUUUUCUAAAGCUAUUUUCUUUGCUUUUUCACAAUUUCAAAUAACUUGUGAUGGUUUUCCUAAGGUUUCUUCUUUCUUUCGGGAAAGAUGCAUCGUGUAAUUAAUUAUUUUGUAAACCAAGUCCAAGUGUGGCGUAUGAUGUGUGUGCAUUGAGAAAAAAAGGGAAAACAAAUGCAUAUGUAGCGUUGUACUAAUAUGGAUAUAUAUGUAAAUCAUUGGUAGAAACCACUAGCGUUAUUGCUUAAUUUGAGGGGUGGUUUGCU